CGCGAAUGUGAACAAAGUUUUAAACGAAAGAAAGUCUUCAUUUCUUAUUGACUUAAACUGCCACAACAUGUGUUGUAUUGUUGCUUGGAGAUACGACGACGACGACGACGACGGACACCGGACACUGCGGUAUUGUAUAGACUCCCCUACGGUGAGCCAAAAAGUGGCUGCAAUUACCCCACUUUACCUUACAUGCUGUAAUGAUAAAAAUUGUCAAAAUCUGUGUCAACAAGCAAAAAAGUGGGUAGAUUUAUGAAAGUUCGUUCACCUUUUGACUUGAGUUCCCAGUGAAGAUGGACGUAAUUGGGAGGAACUGGAUAAACGCCAGAAUUGUGAUUGCGUCUGUAUUCGGUGACAAGAAGAGCAAGGUCGCUAUUGCAGGUACAAUAAAGUACUAGUCUUUAACUGAACAAAACUCGUAUUCCAACCAUGGACUCCGAUUCAAAAUGCUCAACAGCCGAGCUCCAGAAAUUACUGGACAACAAGCUAUACACCACACGAUUGAUCAGAACAUAUGAACGCAUCUACGGCGAGACGUUCCUCAGUCCGGGAGGCUCAGAGGCAAGCAAGGAUAUUGUAUCGUAUCUUGACCUGGCUCCGGGUAUGAAGUGUCUGGACGUCGGGUGUGGCACUGGAGGAAAUGCGUUCUACUUGGCCAAGCAUCAUGGUGUUGAAGUACACGGUUUGGAUCUUUCCAACAAUAUGGUGAAUCUCGCGAGAGAAUACGCAAAUGGGCGAUAUAAGGACGCGAGGUUAUCAUUCGCAGUUGAAGAUGUCACAACAAGCGAGUUUCCUGAUGAAAGUUUCGACGUUAUCUACAGUCAGUGUGUAUUGUCACAUAUUCAGGACAAGUUGAGUUUAUUCAAGAAAUUACGGACUUGGCUGAAACCUGGGGGUAGACUCCUCAUCGCUGAUUACAUAUGCAGUUCGGGGAACCACUCCAAGGCCUUCACGGACUACAUCGCCCAGCGCGAAUAUCACAUCUUACCCGUGGAACAAUACUCAAAGGUGUUGGAAUGUGCAGGUUUCAAGACUGUCAUCGUCAAAGACAACACUGGCGUCUUCGCUUGGACCUUACAGACGGAUUUGGCGCGAAUAGAGAGCAACAAGGAGGAUUUUAUAAAUGAAUUCAGCCCGGAGGAAUACGACCACAUAUUUGAAGUCUGGCAGGCCAAGUUGCGGAGGGCACAAGAGGGGGAGCAGGGGUACGGAUUAUUCGUUUACGAGAAGUAACAGAUCUCGAGACGUAAGAGAAGAUGAGACAGUCAUAUGCAGGUGUAACGUAUUUGAUUGUCUCUCAGAUCUCAGUCAAUACUCCCCGACAAUAAAUUAGCGAAACGAGCUAUGACCGGACAAUGAAAAAAUAAGAAAUUAAAGAUCACGAGACGUAAAAUAAUAUGCAGGUGCAUUACCAACGCUGUUAUUAUUAUUAUUAUUAUUAUAAUGCCCUAGUAUAUACAAAAGUCUCGGCCUACGGCGGAGGUGUUGCUGCUGGAUCCCCCUUUUCCAAGCUCCAUACAGAUGUCAACAUGCAGCGCAGUGUGGAGAGUACGUGAAGAUCGUUGUAUACUGCACGAAAAGAGAUUCCGUUGUGAUUAUUUCCAAAACGGUUCUUGGUUAAAAAUUGAUCUCUCACUUUCAGUAUUUGGUUGUCUUACCAAACACUGGAGCAGCCAUUUUGUCAAAAGCUUCAAUGAACCGUCUCGGUUUUGGUCUACCUUUGAGCUCCCGAAAGAAUAGCGAAAGUCGUUUUAUAUUUUGAUAAAUGAUGAAUAUAACUACUUUUCUCC